CUCUGCAUCGUUUGUUCCGCUGUAAGGCAGAAACUCAAGCUCAAUACUACUGACAUCAGAAAAAAGCGUUGCUUCUGUUGUUGCGCGGCUAGAUUAUUAUCAAAUUGUGGAAAGCGAUGGGAAACAGAUCUUCUGUAGUCGAAAUAAUUGGCAGCAAUAUGGGGUACCGCUAUUCUAACGGGGACUUAAUUGGAAGCGGAUCCUUUAACCCGGUUUACAAAGCUGGAGUUUCAAAGCGUGCGGAUUAUACUGGCGGAGAUACGAUAGCCGUCAAAGUAUCGUGCAUUAAAUUUUAUUCCCAUUCCCGUGCCGACAUUGAGAGAUGGGAGAAAGCGGUCAAGAGGUUGAGACUUUUAACACAACUGGCACACGGAAAUCUUGUUGCGUAUCACAAAAUUACUAUUUUUAAAGCGCCCAGUGAAGCAAUAGUUGAAAUGGCAAUGGAUUACCAUAAAACAGAUCUUGCCAAAUUUCUUAAAGAAGUCAGUAAAAACGACAAUCUGCAUAUAUUAAGUUACUACCAUUUCAUCGGCCUCGCGCGAGACUUAAAUCGAGGGCUAGCAUUCUUACACAGCAAUGGAAUUGCUCACGGAGAUUUAAAACCUGCCAAUAUUUUGGUGAAGGCGCGGGAGAGCUGCAGCGCAGACUACCUUAUGAUUGCUGACUUGGGCGGCUUGGAGCAAAUACAGGACGACGCCGUAAGUUCCAGAGAUUUCUCGCACUUACGCGGCACACCACGCUAUAUGUCACCCGAGAGGCUGAAGAAAUUCGCUCGAAUGGACACAGACGCCCCGGGGCGAGCAGCCGAUAUUUGGAGUCUGGGAUGCAUAAUUCUGGACAUGGCUGAAUGCUCUAAACGUGUACCAGAAAAACGCCUUAUAAAGGAUGGCGUCAUCAUUAAUGCUGGAAGCCAUCUUAACGACAAUCAAUUCGCGGACCUGAUCGUUCAAGGCUACGUUCCAUUUGUAUGUGACGACAUCGAGAGCCACGUGGCGGAUCUCAUUCGAGAGUGCUUGCUUCCAGUGAGCGCGGACAGAAUAUCUGCAAAACUCUUGCUAACUUUGUUGAAUAUAUUUUAAAAGCAUGUCCAUUGUUAACGAGAAAAAUGUAUGAUUACUCUUUUUUGACAUUCCAGUCAGCAGAUAUUUUUUAUGUUCGAUGCUUCAACCUGUUUUGUGGCACAUAAGGCGUCUUACAAAAGUGGCACAAGCUGUACCAGACUUGAAAUUUGCCAUAAGUGCCGCGUUGCGGACCAAACUUUGAAACAACACGCCGCACA